AUGACAUCGGUGCAAGGGCGGAAGCGGUCGCGACUUGCCUGCCAAACAUGCCGUGACCUGAAGCGCAAGUGUGACGGCGCCGAGCCAUGCGGCACAUGCGUGCGUUUUGAGUACCAGUGCCGGUACUCAGCUGGCAGCAGGAUGCGCAACAAGACGGAUCACUCGAAUCAUGCACCGCAGCGUAAUACCAGUCUGCUGCCGCCGAUACAGCAAUCGCCUGUGGAAACUACCACACCUGCCUCCUCUAUCGUUCAUCAUCAGGCGCGGUCGCUUGAGGCCAAUUCCGGGCCAGCCUUUGUGCGCCACCUCGGCCUCAAGUCAGAGUCCAAAGGGAACCCGCGCGUGCAGACUUUUGCUUGGAAUGCGUUCCUCGGAUCCCGACAGACUGUGCAAAGCCCUAUGGCACGUCCCGUGACUGAGCUCUUGUCCCAGCAGCGCAUGUCGUACCUUGCACGCGUCUACUUCCAGAAACUUCAUCCCACCUACAGCUUCAUCGAUGCUGAUGAGCUGGAGCAGCACACUCGACUACGGUGGGCAAAAUCCAGCAUGCCAGAGCCCAUCGACGCCGUUCUGUGUGGUGUCGCCGCCCUUGGGUGUCUCUUUUCGCAAGUCCAUGUGGACAGGACAGAACCAGAGCUUGUCGAGUCAGCAAAGCGCAUGCUCGAGGAGGCGUUCUCUGAACCGCCCUCUGUCUCCAGUAUAAGCGCUUGGCUACUGCGGGUCAUCUAUCUCCGACUUGCUGGAACACAUUACCCCGCGUGGAUAGCAAGCUGCACGGUGCUGCAUAUGCUUGAGGCCGCAGGCAUGACGACGGAAGACCCUGACCAAGCAGCCCUGCGUCCUGAUACGCAGGACUCAGGCAAUGUCGAGAUUAACAGGAGAUUGCUGGCUGUCUCACAGCACCUCAACACCUGGAUGUCCUACGAUAUGGGUCUGAGCCGCGUGCCUCUCUCAGGCGUAACAUGCGCGCUACCGUCAAAACGACCAGGCGAGUUCACGACGGAGCUGAUGGAGCUUCUCCCAUUUACUAUACAGCUAGACCCAGAAAGAACGCAAGCAGCUUCCGAGCUAGAAUCCGCGCUGCAGAUUGUCCUUGACCGAGUUCACACCCGCCCGCCAACGGUCCUGGGGCAAUGCAACCUCGCUCUCUGUCUCUGUCGCCGUCUGCGCUCCAUGGAGUUCUCGUUACCCGACACCACCAUACAGCGAAUCUUGGUUCUGACAGCGAAAGGCAUUCAAGCUGCGCGUGAAAUACUCGUCGACCGCGCCCCGUGGCACCACAUGGCAUAUGUGCCGUUCCAGAUUGUAUGUGUCCUGCUAGCAAUCGAUACCGUUUCAUCCAUCUCCCAGCUGGGCGAUGCGAUGCAGUGUCUCAAAGACGUUGCUGCCGUAUACAAUACGCACGCAACGCGCGAAGCGAUGCGCACAGCGCGGUCGCUCAUCAUGUUGCACCAGCGGGGCAAAGAACUGCUAGCUGCUACACUGAGCGACAUUGUCAAAGUGUACGACGUGAAUGCUCAGGAGCAUGUGGCGAAUACCGAGCCAGCACUGCCCGAUGAUUUCGCGUGGCUAAACGGUUUGCCUGAGGAUAUUUCUAAUAUUCAGGACCUCAAUUUGGAGCAGCUUCUUAGCCCGGAAUUUUUCUGGAAUGCAAGUAGCAGUUGA